AUGCUCACACCAGAGCUUACGCCUUGUCAGUCUGUUGCCUCGUCUCCGUCUCUGCCGCCAACGCCAGAUCCUCGUCCGCUGGAUCUUGUCAUAGCCAACUACAAUGAGUGCUUGACGUGGCUCUCAAGCUAUUCCAGCCUCGCAACAGUCUACAGCAAGGGCAAACUCCCCCCGGACUUGUCAAUCUUCCACGAAGUCAAGGUGCUGCCCAACUGGGGUCGAGAGUCCCAUACCUAUCUCCACCACAUCGUCCACAACUACGACAACCUUGCGGAUGUGACGCUGUUUCUGCAAGGCAACAUCCACGACACGAAUGAUGGCACACCGGCGCACACAGACCUCACUCUGGACGAGAUUGUCGGCAUGGCCAAACGGUUGACGGAUUUGCCUGACAUCCUCAGCGAAAGUGGUCUCGCUCAAAACCAACCUCAAGGUGGUGUGUUACCGCUGGGCAAAAUACACUCCUUCGUUGACUGGGACGGUGUCAGAUACCUGCCAGGCUGGAUCGAGAGACGCGGCAAGGGACUUCGACGCAGCCAAUACUCGCCGGAACAAUUUUGGAACUACAUCUUUAACGGUACCACGGACAAGGAGGAUCCCCGUUGGGUCGACCCGCCGGCCGAGAUCAGAUGGACGCAGGGAGCCUUGUUCGCAGUCACCAGACAGACGAUCCAACGACUUCCCAGGGCGGUCUAUGAACGCGCAUACAGCUUCUUUCACUCUCUGGCAGACGUCAACCCUGAGGAAGGCCACUAUAUGGAGCGUUUCUGGUUGAGCCUCUUCAGCCAUCAAGGGGUUGAUCGACAACAGGAUGGGCUCUACGUUCCUCAUCCUAUGAAAGCGUUGACAGAGGAAACCUCGACCCUGACUGCUGAAGAACAUAGCGCCGACGUCGAGGACGAAGGUAUCUUCAUGUGGUGA